UGCUUCCUAAACAUUAUGUUUAGACUAAUAGUAAAAUGCUUACUUACACAUACCCUAUCACAUGUUGUAAUUAUCAAUAUAAUGGUACCAGGGUGCUUAAAAUAGGCGAAUGAGUCAUGUCCAGAAGGGUGCGCGCUGAUACCAAUGAUAGACAUUUCUUUAUCGAAUGGCGUCUUUCCAAAAGCUCUCCGGGAGGCUGGUGGAUAGAUUAUUGUUCGACCAAUCGGAGCAUCCUUCCAUUCAUAAAGUGGUGUGGACAGUUGUUUUUUUGAACGCGUGGAUUUGGAGGGUUUCAUAACCCUGACUGAAACUGAAAAACCUGUUCGACUAGAGCCAAUAAAAGGCUCGGAAAAGAAGUUGCAGUAAUGUGCGCCCAAUCGUUCCUCACCUAGGACCUACAUGUGACCCCCCCUCCUUCAUACACAAAAUUGCAUGAAUGGAAAUAGACUCUUCGUGAUUGACAUGUAAAUUCACCAAAGUGUGGGCCGUUUCUAUUGGUAGACAGCUGUUGUAGCCAAUCAGGAGUGGAGGUGGGUUGGCAGGCAGCCGUAGAGUAGGUGGUGGGCGUGUGCUUAAAUCUGGAUAGACGAGUGUUGGGGGAGUUGUGGGAGUGUGACGCUACAACCACCUUAUAAAGGGACUCACGGUGUGUCUUGAAAUUAGAGCACGUUGCCUGAAUUUGAGGUCUCCACACAGUCACUGAAAAACCGCUGUCAUGCAUUCGUUGAAGUUGGACGACAUGCUUCAUAUGACCGAGACGCCGCUCUUCUGGGUCGGGACAUUCACCGUGGCCUCACUGUCUUUAUGGGUGCUCCACCGACUCCUCCAGGGUUUUCGGAUUUGGGUCUUGGGAAAUGGACAGUUGCUCUCUCCGAAAUUGGGCAAAUGGGCAGUUGUGACGGGAGCCACAGACGGAAUCGGGAAAGUCUAUGCAGAGAAGCUUGCUGGAAAAGGGUUUGCCAUGAUGCUCAUCAGUCGCUCCCAGGACAAGCUGGAUGACGUUGCCAGGCAGCUUGAGGAGCAAUACAAGGUGGAGACCAAGACCAUCGCUGUGGACUUUGGUCUGUCGGAUAUCUACCCCAAGAUCGAAGCUGGACUGGCAGGCCUGGAGAUCGGAGUGUUGGUGAACAAUGUUGGAAUCUCCUAUCCCUACCCUGAGUACUUCCUGCAUAUUCCUGACCUGGACAACUUCAUCACCAACAUGAUCAAUGUCAACAUGACCUCUGUUUGCCAGAUGACCCGUCUUGUCCUGCCCAGAAUGGUUCAGAGGUCCAAAGGUGUGGUCCUCAACAUCUCCUCUGCUAGUGGCAUGUACCCUUUCCCACUCCUCACUGUAUACUCCUCUUCCAAGGCUUUUGUGGACUUCUUCUCUCGUGGACUUCAGGAGGAGUACAAGGCCAAGGGAAUCAUUGUCCAGAGUGUACUGCCCUUCUUUGUGGCCACCAAGAUGACCCGUAUCAAGAAGCCCACCCUGGACAAGCCCACCCCUGAGCGCUAUGUGGCCGCUGAGCUGAACACCAUCGGACUGCAGGGCCAGACCAACGGCUACUUCCCCCACGCUGUAAUGGGCUGGCUGACCACUGUCCUGGUGCCUAUUAACUUGGUCAUCUACUUCGGGGCCAGGAUGAACCGAGCCCAACGCACCGGAUACCUGAAGAGGAGGAAGCUGAGGGAACUGGCCAACCAGAGCAACGGGAAGAGUGACAGGCUGAAGAGCGAGUAAAACCUACUCCAUAGCAACGAAUGGAGACUAGAAGCUGACCAUAGAACUUCCAUUCAACUACCCUGGACUGUCUGUCUUGAUCAGCCCCCCCCCCCCCCUCAGACGUUUCACAUUGUUUAGUUUUAGCCAUAAACUGGCACACCUGAUUCCAUUAGUUGACUAAUGGUGUCAGGUGUGCCAUUUUAGGGUUAAAACCAUGUGAAACGUCUGGGGAAGCCUGAUUAGAGGGUUGGGGAACGCUGCAUUAGAUAAUGUUGUUGAAUUUUCACUAUUUUUGUGUGUCACGGAGUCUAUAUUGAUGUAACUUUAGCAAGUCUCUCUGAAUGAAGUGGUAACUGGCCACAGUGGCAGGAACAAAAUAAAUGAAAGGAAAAUGUCUUUGUUCUCAGCACAGGGAAUAGUUAUUUUUCUAUGUAAACAAAAAUGAAUUGGUGAUAAGAAUCUCAAAUAUAUUUUUAUGUACGUAAAAGCAAGCUAGAUCUUCAGGUACUUUACGAAGUUGUGUUUAUACGCUGUGGCUGAAAAGUGUACAAGUGAUAAUCUUAAUCCCUCCUGUCCUUGAUUCCUAAUUUCCUUAACACCUCUCUAAGCUCAUUGGCGGACAGGCUCAAAGGUCCCACUCCUCGAACCCCUUCCAAUGAGCUUCCAGAGGGAGGAAUCAAGAACCCGGAUAGUCAGUUGAUGGCUUGUACACGUUUCAGACCUUAGCCCAUGUAAGGAUCUCUCUCCAGCCUCAGCUUGUCUUGACUUUAGCUGAGUUGUUGGCUUUUUUUGUGUGUGGUUGUUUUUGUGGAUUUGUUUUGUUUCCUGGUUUUAAGUUGUCCAACCGCAAUCUUGUAAGGUUGUUUUAUGGAUUUGAUGGAGGGAAACAAAAGUACUUUCUUUUCUCUCAUUUCUCAUCCAGUUCAUGUUGGUUUUGGUCCAACAAGAGGGACUCUGGCACAUUUGAAGUCCUUGUAUGGAGCUCUGAACGAGUGACAAUAAUAGUUGAAAAGCUGACCGUACACGCUUUUGGCUUACAGCUCAUACACUGUAUUGCAGAUACCAAAGAUUGUAUGUAUUAUAUUGUGCAAGAUUGCCUCUUUGUACAACGAGCACAACUCUUUCUGACUGUGUUUGUAUGGGGGUUUGACUGUGUUUGUAUGGAGGUUUGGUCUGUGAGGGCCUUGGCUCUCUGUAUGCCUUGUUCAGACUUCAACCGUGGUGCCUUUUUUAGAAGAGUUCUCAGUGUGAAACGCCCCCAGUUUUACAUGAUCAGGGAUGUUGAGCAGUGAAUUGCCAUGAACUCCUGCUACUUUGCACCUGUAUAAUAUUCAGAACUUUUCUAUGAUUUUAUAACUUUAAAAAAUACUGUGCAAUGUGCUCUGUAGUUUCACUCCAACUUUUUGUAGGAUUUUUGGAUAUUAUUAAUGAACAUGUACUAUGCUGUUUAAAAGGGAUUCAAAUGUUAAGUUUAUAUUCCUUGUGUGUUUAAAAAAAAUAAAGUUUAUAACAACAUGGCG